AUGCUGAGCUGGGGGAACGUCCUACCACAGCAGGCCAGGAGCAUCCCCCCCCAGCCCAGCGGGGCUCCGACGGGGGUCCCGGAGCCAAAUGGAGACGGGAAAGAGGGUACGGUUCACGUCGUGUCGCGCAGGGCAUCGCUGACACUCCUCAAACCCCCAGGCGCCGGCUCGACGCGGUCCGCCCAGGACAUCCUGGCCCUCAACGCGGCGGCAAUCAUCGCCAAUAUUAAACUCCAGAGACAGCUGAAGAACCCUGAAGAUGGCCGCCCGGCGAAGGAUGCAGCCGCCUCCUCUUCCCUCCAAGGAAAUGAAGACGGAGUCGUUGGGAAAGUGGAGAAAUCAAACCCCGGUCAGAAGCUGGUUGGACGCCCGUCCCCUGAUCCCCAGCAGCCCGACCAGAGCCCCUCACUGAAGGAGGCCCUGGAGCGCUCGCGGCCCGGGUUCAUCGCCCGCUCCCAGGACCGGGUCGAGACCCUGCGGCGCCGGACGCAGGAGAGGCGGAGGAGGCCGGCGGCCCGCCCCCCAGCGGGGGCCCCGCGGGGGGGGGGCCCAUCGGGGCCGACCAGGAGCCGGCCGCCCCCCCUGGACGCCUCACUGAGCGAUAACCUCUCCAGACGGAGAGACGGAGCCGUAACAGUGAGGGAGGAGGAGCCUAGGAGCCUGCACAGCCCCCCCUCCGGGCCGUCUGCGGGGGAGAGGAGCAGGAAAGAGGUCGCCAAGAGGGAGGCGUGCCUGGCCAACCGACGGCGAGUGGAGCUCUUCAAGAAGAGGCUGUUGGAUCAAAUCCUCCACAGAAACCACCUCUGACCAGAGCGGAUGGAGGAUGGAUCGUCUCCACAAUCCCCC